CUUCCUGCACUAGUGUACACUAGUGGCACCGAAACGUUCUUUAUUGCAGUGCAAUAUAACCCAAGUGCGUUCUUUAUUGCGGUGCAAUAAAAUUUAGUGUAACAGUUCACUGUACUCACUGUCCUAGGUCUUGAGGUAGGGCAAGCAGUGCAGGGCAGUGCAAGAUUAACUGAAAAUUUAGGAUGAUGGAGAACGAAACAGCAAAUAUACAAAGAGAUGCAGUAGGAAAUAUAAUAAUUGAUGAAAAUGGAUAUGUUACUUGUAUUUCUGAAGGAGGGCUACAAUUUCAGCUUUGUUAUGACGAAAUUAAUUUCAGUUGUGACUCAAUAACUUGUACUGUUGACAACAAGUCAAUAUUUAUUCCAUUAAAUGACAAUAAUAACAUAAUAGAAAAUGAACAAGGAAACAAUGAGAAAAAUAUAAUACAAGAGAAUGUGGAAAAUGAAGAAGAAACAUUUUCAUGGUCAGAUGCAAGCACAAAAUUAUUUUUACAUCUAUAUAAAGAAAAAAUUAAUUUAGUAUCAACAAGAAAAAUCAAAAACAAAAAAAUAUUAUGGCAAAAAAUAGCGGAAGAAAUGAGUACACAAGGCUAUAAUGUAUCAAAUAUACAGGCUGAAAAUAAAUUUAAAUCAUUAGAAAGAUCUUACAAAAAUAUGAUCACAAAUAAUAAAAAAACAGGCAGAGGUCGAGCAUCAUGUCGAUAUGAAACAGAAUUGACAGAUUUACUGGGGAAAAAACAUAAUAUUGAACCUUUAGUUACCUCAGGAAAUAAGGGCACAAUAGUGAGAACUGAAAAAGUUACACCUAUAUUCAGUCCUGAAAUAGAAACUAUAGAAAAUACACAAAAUCUAACGAAAGUUAACGCAACCAGCCAAAAAUUAUCAAUAGUUGAAAGACCGAGACAGAACGAAGAACCAUCAACAAGUACUAUACAUGAUCAACAAGACGCAACAUCUAUUCAAAAACAGCAACAAGAAAUAAAUGAAAAAUCCGAAGGCAGAAGUUCCAAGAGGCAAAUGGGUACGACAGCAAGAAUUUUACAAACUUGUCAAGAAACCAUAAAAGACCUAACAAAUCGUAUUCAAGAAGAAAGACAUAAUAAAAUAGAACUAGAAAGACAAGUAUUAGUGGAAUACAAACAAAUGAGACAAUCAUAUGAAACACAUUUACAGAAAAUAGAAGAGCAAUUAACAAUUGCUAAUAAGCUAAGAGAAGAAAGAAACAAUUUAUUAAAAACUCUUGUCAGUAAACAAAAUAAUAUUUAAAAA